AUGCCUUCGAUCUUGUCCGAGGAUGACAAGGAGACGGUCAAGCGUCAUGUUCCAAAGCAAUCGAAUAAGAUCCAGGCUGUAGCCGUAGCACGACUCUACAUUGCUUACCCAAACCGCCAAAAAUGGCUGUAUACUGGACUGCAAGGAGCCGCGGUUCUUGCCAAUGAUCUGGUGGGAAAUACCUACUGGCUUAAGCUCGUAGAUGUCUCUCCUGCCAAUCGGGGAGUAAUAUGGGACCAAGAAAUAUACGACACAUGGUCUUACAACCAAGAUCGGACCUUCUUUCACACAUUCGAGACGGAGGAGCUUCUCGCUGGAUUAUCCUUCGCGGACGAGAAAGAAGCUAAAGCGUUCAUGAAGAAGAUGAAUGAUCGAGAGAAGAAUGCGAACAAAGCCACAAAAGCAAAUCCAUUUGGAGGCUCAGGCCAGCAGCAUGGAGGUGGACACAGGCAUGGAUUGCUGGGGGGGUUGUUCGGUGGACAUAGACACUCCUCAGCUCCUUCGAUCCAACCUACUCCUCCAGACUCGCCGAGUUAUGUUCUCCCGCCAGCACCAAGUCACAGACACUCAGGAGGCAGCUUCGGCGCGGAAAAAUCACAGUUUGCGGCGCUGGACGCUAUUGAUCCCAACUGGCGGGAAACUUGGGGCGACGAUCUAAAGCAGAUGGGUAUCACGGAUGAUCUUAUCAGAGAUAAUCAGGACUUCAUUGCGGAUUAUAUCAAGGAACAACAAGCUGCCCAAGCUGCAACUCCACCUCCACCGCCUCCGCCAGUAAAUGGAAUUGAGAGCCAGAGAUCCAAAGCUCCUCCCCCGCCUCCACCACCUGCAGCACCUCCACGGGCCCAAUCCGCCAGCCCUCAAAAUCCUCCCGCUGGUCGUGGAAGAGGAGCGCCGCCUGCACCACCUCCAGCGAGAAGGUCUGUUGCAAAGGUUGAGCCAGCUCGGGUACCAACACCUCCUCGAGAACCUUCCCCCCCUAGGGGGCCGCCUCCACCAAGAUUUGCGGCACCACCUCCUCUGCCAGACGCAGGUAAAUACGCCCAUACCAACAACAAAGCGCCAUCAAGAGCACAUUCUACAUCUGUGUCUAAUGCCGGACCUCCUCCACCGCCGCGGCCACCGAAAGCCCCUCUAGAUGACGUGUAUGAACCAGGGGAAUCUGGUUCUAGAUUCGGUGUGCCUCCCCCUUUCCUGGGAGAACGAAAGGCAGUGCCACCUCCAACUCCAAGUCGGGGCCCCGUACCACCACCACCACCAGCGCGAGACCAGGCACAGUCAAUCCAUGCUCAUUCUGUUGCUCCUGCGUACGCAGCUUCCCCCCCGCCUUUGCCUCCUAAGACACCUUCUGCUCCGUCUUCAGCUGCACCACCUCUACCCCCAGCUUCAUCACGUCCUGUACCACCUCCUCCAGCAAGAGACAGCGGUCCGCCACAACUUCCUCCUCUACCUCAAUCCAAUGCUCCUCCGCCACCACCUUUACCUCAAUCGAAAGCCCCGACUCCCCCCCUACCCCAGUCUCGCGCUCCACCACCUCCGCCCCUACCUCAGAUCAGCGCUCCACCACCUCCUCCUCUGCCUCAGUCCAAUGCUCCACCACCUCCGCCUCUACCUCAGAGCAGUGCUCCCCCACCACCACCUUUACCCCAGUCAAACGCCCCCCCACCACCGCCAAUGCCUUCGAGUGGUGGUCCACCUCCACCGCCGCCACCACCUCCUGGCGGAUUCGGGGGUCCUCCUCCACCACCUCCACCAAACCGCGACUCUGGCUAUGCAUCUGGGGUUCCUGCUCUGCCACAACCCACUGGCGAUCGAUCGGACUUGCUGGCCGGCAUCCAGAAAGCUGGAGGCAUCGGAGCACUGAAGAAAGUUCCAAAAGACCAAGUCCGAGACAGAAGUGCUGUUAUGACUCCAGGUGCCACAGAUACCGGACCAGCUGGAAGCGGAUUGCCUCCUGCCGGUGCGACAGGUGGCGGAGGUGGGGGUUUGGCUGAUGCUCUGGCUGCUGCUUUGAACAAGCGGAAGCAGAAAGUCAGUGCGAGUGAUGAUGAAGCGGAUGACGAUGAUUGGUAG